AUGUUGUUCCAGCUCACGCGGACGAGAGGAGAAAAACACACUGGAAACGAGUGAAGAUUUUACACAUGGCGACGGCGAUUUACCUCGAACAUUAUCUCGACAGUAUUGAAAAUCUGCCCUGUGAGCUGCAGAGAAACUUCACCCUGAUGCGGGAGCUAGACAACAGAGCCGAAGAGAAGAAAUGUGAAAUCGAUAAACUGGCGGAGGAAUACAUCGCUAACGUGCGCAAUUUGGCCCCGGAUCAGAGAGUGGAGCAUCUGCAGAAGAUUCAGAACGGCUUCAGCAAAUGCAAAGAGUACAGUGACGAUAAAGUGCAGCUCGCCAUGCAGACAUACGAGAUGGUGGACAAGCACAUCAGAAGACUGGAUGCUGAUCUGGCUCGCUUUGAGAACGAGCUGAAGGAGAAGCUGGAUGUUAGCGGCUACGAGAGUCCAGACAGCAGAACGCACAAGAAGGUCACUGGCAGAGGAAACCUGAAGGAGAAACGGCGUCCCAAAGGAAGAGGACGGAAAUCUUCAGACGACGAAUCGCCGCGGAAAAAGAAAAUGAAAAACAGUCCUGAGUUCCCAGAAUCCAUCUUACCGGUUCAUCCGUCAGACGUUUUAGACAUGCCUGUCGACCCCAAUGAACCUACGUACUGCCUGUGUCACCAAGUGUCAUACGGAGAAAUGAUUGGAUGCGACAACCCGGAUUGUCCCAUUGAGUGGUUUCACUUCGCCUGCGUCGAUCUGACAACAAAACCCAAAGGGAAAUGGUUUUGUCCGCGAUGCACUCAGGACCGAAAGAAGAAAUGAGAUGCACCUUUGUAACAUUGAGAGAUUACAUUUCUAUAUCUAUAUAUGUAUAUGUAUUUUGUCUAAGUGGUAAAAUAGGAUUAUAUAUAUAUAAAUAUAUAUAUUCCCUUAUAUGACCAUGAUGAAAUACGUGAGGGUCGCAAGAAAAACAAAGUUUUUAUUUUUCAAAGUACUUGAAAUGUUUCCAUUUGUUUCAUGAUGUGUCGUCAAAUGUCUUUUUCAGGCAAUUUAGAAUAUAUUAUAUAUGACAUAUAUACAUAUAUAUUUUUCUUUUUACUUACUGAUUAGUAUGUAUUUUCGUUUUUACAAAGCUUCAAGCAUCCACUUGUGUGCUUCUUGUGCUCAUGAAAUGUUUUAGCGUGGAUCUCUUGAGAUGACGAUUUUGCUGCACUUAAAGUAAUGCGACUACUUUUCCUUUUGUUAGAUUUGCUUUCGAACUCUUCCUGUUGUUCGAGCAAAGCGAAACUUUUAAAGCGCGAGAUAUUUUAUUGUUCCUAAUUAUGUAAAUGCAGAAAAUUACCUAAAAUGGUGGGGUAUAAAUGGCAUCGUUUGAGGCUUUUUUCCAUUUGAGUUUGACAAUCGAAUCCUGCGUCAUUCCUUGUUUUUGUUCACAGGAAACGUUUUUUGUGUGGAAGGCCAUCAGUUCCAGAAGUCUGUAAAGAAACACAAUGUGUUGAUGUUGUUAUUGUGACUACCAAUUAACAAUCCAUUUAACUAGUCAACAUUUUGAGUCACUCAAAACAUUUAAUUCAAGAGUUCCUCAAAACUAAACAUUUUAAAUACUUAUUCUUUCCAGAUAAAAAAAAUACUAUGGUCAACUAUGGUAUUUACUAGAGUGUUUCCAACCCUUAAUUCAAUUAAUCUGAUUAUUCCACAGUCGCUACAGUAUAGUACAUAAACAACAGUACAGUAACAUAAACAAAAAUGACCCAAUUCUGCAGUUUCCUAUGUUGUGGUGAUUCUACAGUUGCUAUGGUAACACAAAAACUAAAGUAAUACAAACAAAUGACCCAAUACUUUAGUUUCCAGUGUUGUGGUGAUUCUACAGUUGCUGUGGUAACACAACAACUAAAGUAAUACAAACAUAUGACCCAAUACUGUAGUUUCCUAUGUUGUGGCUAUUCUGCAGUUGCUAUGGAAACACAGCAACUGCAAUAAUAUAAACAAAAAUGACCCAAUACUGUAGUUUCCUAUGUUGUGGUGAUUCUACAGUUGCUAUGGUAACGCAAAAUCUACAUUAAUAUACACAAAUGACCCAGUACUGCAGUUUCCUUUGUUGUGGUGAUUUCUACAGUUGUUAUGGUAACACAACACUUAAAGUAAUACAAACAAAUGACCCAAUACUGUAGUUUCCAGUGUUGUGGUGAUUCUACAAUUGCUGUGGUAACACAACAACUAAAGUAAUGCAAACAAAUGACCCAAUACUGUAGUUUCCUAUGUAGUGGUGAUUCUACAGUUGCUAUGGAAACACAGCAACUGCAGUAAUAUAAACAAAAAUGACCCAAUUCUGUAGUUACCUAUGUUGUGGUGAUUCUACAGUUGCUAUGGUAACACAACAACUAAAGUAAUGCAAACAAAUGACCCAAUACUGUAGUUUCCAGUGUUGUGGUGAUUCUACAGUUGCUGUUGUAACACAACAACUAAAGUAAUGCAAACAAAUGACCCAAUACUGUAGUUUCCUAUGUUGUGGCUAUUCUACAGUUGCUAUGGUAACAAAACAUCUACAGUAAUAUACGCAAAUGACCCAAUCCUGUAGUUUCCCAUGUUGUGGCUAUUCUACAGUUGCUAUGGUAACAAAACAUCUACAGUAAUAUACACAAAUGACCCAAUACUGUAGUUUCCUAUGUUGUGGCGAUUCUACAGUUGCUAUGGAAACACAACAACUAAAGUAAUAUAAACAAAAAUGACUCAAUUCUGUAGUUUCCUAUGUUGUGGUGAUUCUACAGUUGCUGUGGUAACACAACAACUAAAGUAAUAUAAACAAAAAUGACUCAAUUCUGUAGUUUCCUAUGUUGUGGUGAUUCUACAGUUGCUAUGGUCACACAACAACAACUACAGUAAUAUAAACAAAUUACCCAGUCUUGUAGUUUUCUAUGUUGUGGUGAUUCUACAGUUGCUAUGGUAACACAACAACAACUACAGUAAUAUAAACAAAUUACCCAGUCUUGUAGUUUUCUAUGUUGUGGUGAUUCUAAAGUUGCCCAUGUAGCACAACAACAACUACAGUAAUAUAAGCAAAUUACCCAACACUGAAGUUUUCUGUUUCAGUAAUUCUACAAUUGCUAUGGUAACACAAGUACAACAACAACAAAUAUAGUCUCCAAUACAGCAGUUUCAUUGGUGCGAUUAUAUUUGAAUCUUUAUAGACUUUUGGCACUAAUGGCCUUCCAUACGGCGCGCACGCGGUUUCAUCCGAAUGUUUAAAGACUCGAUUUUGCGGGUUUCUCCGUGUUUAUGCACUUUUAAUCGGGAAUUUAUCGUCGUUUUUCAUUCCUAUAAGAGUCAGAGAGUCAUCAAAAUGUCAGAGGAUCUACCAAAGUGAGAUGAAUCUACGUUAACGCUGCUUUUGUGUUGUUUUAUGACUGAAUAUGUGAUCCAAAUAUGAAACAUCAGAUGUUUCUUCUAUCAUAUUGAUGUGAGGCUCAGACUACCUUAUUGAACACAUGCUAUAUUGCGUCAUCAGUAAAGUCCACCGGGUUGAAAGUGUGACAAUCAAGUAGCGAUUUAUUUUUUCAUCUUUAAAGACGCCUGGAUAUAUAUAUAUAUAUAUGAAUAUAUGGACUAGAUGUUCCGUACAGCUUUUGGUAAAAACAAAUAAAUAUUUACCAUUACAA